UUGGACUCCAUUCACCAUAACAUUAAAUUCACCAUUUAACACAAAAAUAACAAACAACCUCAACAUUAUUAGGUUUAACACACAGUUCACGAAUAGAAUUCACCUUAAGCACACUCACACUGGUCUCUACAGCCCCUGGAAUUACUCUCUUGAAACUAAACAAAAAGUAAAUACACUAAAAAAAACCUUUUAAACACAGCUUCAAGUCUGCUCAACUGGCAGCACUGGCAGUUAAACUUCUCUCACAACCACCAGAACGAAAACCUCAAAAUUCGUCACAAACGGAAUUGAUAUUAAAUAUACCAAACAACAACACUGCAGUUACUAUUUAUAGCUGAAAUCAGUUUAAAAGUAAUUCACAACUGGACAAAACUUGCCAUUAAAUAUAAAAUACCUGUUGACUUCAAAUUCACUCAAAAACCUAACCCUAAAUUAAAAUCAUUAGUAAAAUCGCACAAUACCAACAUCAUUUAUAAAAUAACAUUCAAUAUAUGUCCAGAAUUCUACUUUGGAGAAAGGGAAAAAAACAUUUGGAAAAUAGAUGCCAUUAUAACUCAAAAAGUACAGUGUAUAUAUUACCAAGCUGUUAAUUAUUUUAUGUAUAGAUAAAUUACUUAAACCUUAUGAUGACAUCUUUCCAGCCACUUUAAAUUUUAAUACAGCUAGAAUGUUCUAAAUAAAAUUUAAAAAAAUAUUCAUGUUAUACAUAAGUAAGAAAUGUUUAUUAUUGUACAGUAAAAACGCCGUGAAAGAUGUACAAAAACAAUGCCGUAUCUGUAUUCUGGACAUCGAAGUUGAAGGUGUAAAAAAUGUAAAGAAAACAGACCUUGAUCCACGCUGUGUGUUUAUCAAGCCACCCAGUAUGCAGGUGUUGGAGGAGAGAUUGAGGGGUAGAGGAACGGAGACAGAGGAAAGUAUUCAAAGAAGACUGUCUAAAGCUCAGGGGGAAAUGAAAUAUGGUGAAACACCAGGGAAUUUUGAUCUGAUAUUAGUGAAUGAAUGUGUGAAGAAUACUUACAAGUACUUGCGAGCGUUUUUAAUGAAAGAUAUUGAAGAAGUGAAAAAGAUGAAAAGUGAUUAAGAAAUGUCAUUGAGAUAGUGAAGACACCAAGAGUAGGGUUUGUCUAAAGUAAAAUAUUUGACUGGAUAGUCCCAUCCGCAUUUGAAAGAAACUAACACUUGUUAUCUGUUGUUUUUACAAACUAGUCUGUUACUUUGUAUGUCAGAAGAUCAGGUUAAAUGUGUUGUUUAUGUACAUAUAUUUAUUUAUUUAUUUUAAAUAGUCUUUAUUUUUUCAAUAUACCACAGUAUAUUACCCACAACUGCACAUAGGAAAUAUGCGUAGAUUAAGAACAAUCUUUUAGGUAGCCAAUCAGGUAAAGCAUUUAUUAUGUUUGGGUAAAAAUGCUAUUUUUCUUUUUUACCAAAUUUAUACGAAGCAGAACAUAGUUUAAUAUAGAAAUAACUAACUUUUCGUUUGUUCAAAUUGAUUUAAAAUCAAUUAACAUAACUCACUGAGUUUAAUAUUAAUUUAAACAAAAUAUUUUGUGAUUUAACUUGAAUAAUUAAACUGAUAUAACUGACGUUAAUUUGAAUACAACUUUUUUGGUUUACCCAAACAGUAAAUAAAACAAAACAACCAACCCCACGAGACACGUGUCACCAGAAAUUGUAGAGUUCUGUUAACAUUUUUAAGUCUGUCCUCGAUUUUACUAAAUCAAUGUGUUCAUAGGCUAGCGAGUUUUGUUAAUUAAUCAAAAUACUGAACUUCUUACACUUGUUAAGAAAGAAACAUUGUUAUCAGUAACUCUGAACAGUUUUCAGACUGGCUACUGUGCUUAGAUGUGUAGCCUAAUUUUGCUAGUAACACUUGUACUUGGAUGUUAUAAGAUGGACGUGUCAGGCAGCAAGAUUUACAGGGGCCACUUUGACUCGGAUAUCUAUUGAAACUAAGAAAUGAGCAGUCUGUCAUUGUUACAUCUUUCAUACAAAAAAGGAACUUUUUAAUAAGACCUGAAACUUGUCGCAUCAUCUGAAAAUAACCUCAUUUUCUUCAUGUGCGAACAAAGAGUGCCUUUAAAUGUAACAGAAUAAACAACUCCCUCCCCUGUGAGUUACUCUUAAAACUCAGAUUCUCUCACAACAGACUGUGGUGUUUCAUUAAAAAAAUUCACUGAUGGACAGUAUUUUAAAACUCCUUAACAAUCAUUUCUAAGAUGAUCAUUUGAAUUAUUACAUUUUGAAUUUUAUUCUCAGAGUUAAUAUUCAACAUGUGUGAUAUAGCCCUUCAAUUCUGGAUAUGUAUCCCCUUGUAAUAUUUCAAAACCCCUGACGUUGUACACUCACUCUCUUGUAAUCUUCGAUCACUCCUGGAAAUUUUUUACACUAUACUUCCUCACUGCUCCUCAAUAUUGAAUAUUUGUUACACAACAAAACCACUGCUCCUCAGUACUGGAUAGUUGUCACACUAAAAACCCUCACUGCUCCUCAAUACGGAAUAUUUGUUACACUACAACCAGUUGUUGCUUCUCAUUUCUGGAUGUUUGUCUCCUCAAUACUGGAUACUGAACAUUCUCAAUGCUGCCAGAGAUUUAGUAGGAUUAUUGAUACAGAUUUAUCAAAAUGUAAAAGUAACAAAAUAUGGAAAAUAAUCUUCUACUCUCUCAUUUAAUUUUAUACAUCCUUUAUUCACCCAAAAUAACAGUUACUGAGUAACUAUUAUUUAUUUUAUAAAUUAUUCUGAUUGAGUUCCAGGUAAAGUAACUGUUGCUAGGUUACUCUUGUUUAUUUUAUAAAUUAUUCUGGUUGAGUUCCAGGUAAAGUAACUGUUGCUAGGUUACUCUUGUUUAUUUUAUAAAUUAUUCUGGUUGAGUUCCAGGUAAAGUAACUGUUGCUAGGUUACUCUUGUUUAUUUUAUAAAUUAUUCUGGUUGAGUUCCAGAUAAAGUAACAGUUGCUAGGUCACUCUUGUUUAUUUUAUAAAUUAUUCUGGUUGAGUUCCAGAUAAAGUAACUAUUGCUAGGUCACUCAUGUUUAUUUUAUAAAUUAUUCUGGUUGAGUUCCAGAUAAAGUAACUGUUACUAAGUAACUCUUGUUUAUUUUAUAAAUUAUUCUGGUUGAGUUCCAGAUAAAGUAACUAUUGCUAUGUCACUCAUGUUUAUUUUAUAAAUUAUUCUGGUUGAGUUCCAGAUAAAGUAACAGUUGCUAGGUCACUCUUGUUUAUUUUAUAAAUUAUUCUGGUUGAGUUCCAGAUAAAGUAACUAUUGCUAGGUCACUCAUGUUUAAUUUAUAAAUUAUUCUGGUUGAGUUCCAGGUAAAGUAACUGUUGCUAGGUUACUCUUGUUUAUUUAGUAAGUUCUCAUAAAGCCACAGACAGAAAUCACAGAUACUAGUUAACUUGUAUUUAUUUUGGAAGACCUCUAAUUGUUUCGUUAACUGAUAUUGAAAAUGUUUCAAAUAGAGUAGGAAUGACAAAACCUGGAAUUUCAGGCAAAUUGCCAUAAUCACUGCCUGAGUAUUGAAUUGUUUAUUUGUUCAGCUAUACAUCUAUUUAAAUAACUUUGUUAUGUGUAAAACUGAAAUGAGACUUGAAGAUGAUUUAGUGAAUAACUGCCAGAACUUCUGUAUAUAUAUUUGUGUAUAUGAUUUAUUAUAUUUAAAUUCUAGUCAUUUGGUAGAAAUGAUUAUAUGUGUUACAAGUACACAUCACCUAAAUUAACUUUUUAAAAAAUCAGUUCCACCUCUGAGUUAUUUGUUUUUGUUACUUGUUACAACUGUACAGUUUUAAAGAGGAAUAUAUACAAACAAAUUUUUUUAACUAACUUCUGAAAACUGUAAAAUUUAUUAAUUAUGUUAACAGGGUAAAUGUUUACUUGUUUUGGUAUACCACACAGUCUUUCUCAAGUUUUUGUUGGGAGCCUAACGAUUAACAGGAUAUCUACUGUUAUAUGUUUGUUUUAAGGUAAAAAAAUAAAUUGAAAGGCUUAUAUUGUUGAUUGAUUUGUACAUCUUGGCAAAUGUAAAGAACUGAAUAUCUGUUAUGUUAUCUUGACAGUGAGAGUUUUAACCAAUCUUCUUUAAAAUAGUUUUGAUAUUUACAUAAUACAAAAUUAUAAUAUAUUUAAGUCUGUUGCAAAGUUGAGGGUGCUUGACUAGUGAUGUAUAUUUUACAAUGAUAGAUUAAAAGUAUAAGGAGUGGCUUCUAACAAGUCAAUCUAGAGGGGUCUAGGGGCAUACCCCCCAGAAAAUUAAUAUAAUUUACAGUUGUUAUAUAAGUUAAAGUCGGGGUGCUACAGCACCCCCAGUUCCGACACCUCUAUGUUCAUAUUUGGACUGGUGGUUAGGGUGCUCAACUCGGAAUUUAAGGGUCACAGGUUCGAAUUCCCGUCACACCGAACUUGCUCACCCUUUCAGCUGUAGGAGCAUUAUAAUGUGAUGGUAAAUCCCACUAUUUGUUGGUAAAACAGUAGCCAAAAAGUUGGGGGUAGGUGGUGUUGACUAGCUGCCUUCUCUCUAGUCUUUCACUACUAAAUUAGGAAUGGUUAGUGUAGUUAGCCCUCGUGUAGCUUUGCUUGAAAUUCCAACCAAUCUGUUCAUAUUAGCCAUCUCCUGUGUUCAUCUAUAAAUUCUCUGUACGAUACUAUAAUCUCGAUGUUAUGAAAGACACUCUCCUAACUUAAUUACAUAUACUCGCUUCCAAAACACUGUGUUGAAUCACAUAAUAUUUGUUAUUAAAGUGUCCUUUCUGAGGCUUUGAAUGUGUUGAUUACGAAAGCGAAGAAAAAUUAGAACAAAAGAUGAGGACUCAGUUCUGGAACAUCGUGUAUUAUUUAUCUUUGUUAUUAAAAAUAUAAACUUUAAUUUUAGCAACGAACUUUAUUAUCUAAGUGAUUCAUUGUUUUCAUACGUUUAUUACAAUAGCAGAUUAUUUGUUUUUAUUAAACGUUUUGGCUUUAUUCUUAACCCUAAUUCUAAACGUAUAAGAAACAGUAUUUGAAAAAUAAUUAAAGACUUCCUUCUCAAAAGAGAAGUCAGAAGAGCGGAAUUAUUCUAUCGUGCUUAUUACAGGAAAUUAUAACCUAAUCUAAAACUACCGUUAAAAAGUUGUAGUUUUUUCUGAUUGCUUGACUGUUGUUAGAGAAUAUUGAUACCUGAGUUUAGAAGCAUAUUAAUUAUUAUGCUAAUAUAUUAAUAAAUUGACAAACAAUGAUGUAGAAACAUAAAUGUAGUCAUACUAAAGUCUAAACGUGCCGACAGAACAUUAGCCUAUCUUGUUGUGAAAAAACAAUUCCGUUAUGCUUAUAAUUCGACGUUUGGCAAUUUAUUACUAUUAAUUAUAAUUUAUUUAUUAUUAGUACAAUGUGUGUACAUUUAUUACCUGAACGGCCUUUUCUCUCCUUUUAUAAAUCGUUUUUAUUAUUUAUGAUUUAAAUAAUCCGUGAUACGUUCUUCCGCUAAGCCUUGUAGUACAAGAGAAAAAUUGGUUACUCCUGAUGACUGAUGUUAACACCGCAGAGCUCGGGUAGUUGGGUGUUCCAAUUUAUGAGAGUCAAAAUUUUAUAAACAGUAUAUAAGGUAAAGUGACACAUUUACUUGAGAUGAACUGAUGUUGAAGAGGGAAUUAGAAGCAGAUUGUUUGUAUCGCAUAAUAACACACUUUGUUUUAUUGUAUUAGAAAUGUAGAGUUUUAAAGUAGAUAUAGUCUGUAUUGUUGAUUUCCAUUAAUAAAAAAUAACGUGUUUUCAA